GAGGAGGAGGAGGAGCGGAGAAGUGAGAACCUCAGCUCCGCACCGAACCCAAACCAGAACUGUAAAGCUCCUGCAGCUGCGCUGGACUUACUGGUUCCAGUCUGAAGCUCAUCAAAGCGGCGCUGAAAGCGGAUAAACGGCUGUUGGAGCUCCGCCCACUCCUGUGUCCUCACCUGGACACCUUGAACCAGACCACAGUGGACCAUGAUGAUGUCAACACCUGACAAUCACACCAAGAAAAGACCCGAAGAGGAGGAAAAUGAAGAGGAGGAGGAUGAGGAAGGAUGGAGUCUUUCUCCCCUCUCUCUGAAAGCCUCAGAGGAUGACCCAACCAGCCAAUCAGAUGCUGGGGAGAAACUAGCUGCAGGUCUGAGCAUCGGCUGGGACUCUGCAGAGGAGGCGGGAGUCACACUGUCCGACUCUACCAGGGAGGAGUUGCGAUGGCAACGGAGGAGGGAGGAGGAGCGUGAUGAAGAGGAGACAAAGGCCGUGGGUUCAUCUCCCGACGGACGAUUCCUGAAAUUCAACAUUGAGAUCGGACGAGGUUCCUUCAAGACUGUUUACAAAGGCCUCGACACGGAGAAGACGGUGGAGGUGGCGUGGUGCGAGCUGCAGACUCACUGUCUGAACAGAUCUGAGCGCCAGCGCUUCAGUGAGGAGGUGGAGAUGCUGAAAGUUCUGCAGCAUCCCAACAUUGUGAGGUUCUUUGACUCCUGGAAGUCCUCUAAAUGCAUCAUCCUGGUGACGGAGCUCAUGACGUCUGGAACGCUCAAAACGUACGUGCGCAGGUUCCGGCCAAUGAAGCUAAAGCUGCUGCAGAGAUGGAGCCUACAGAUCCUGAAAGGUCUCCACUUCCUGCACUCUCGCUCACCACCAAUUCUGCACAGAGAUCUUAAAUGUGACAACAUCUUCAUCAAUGGACCCACAGCCUCAGUCAAGAUCGGAGACUUGGGCCUUGCAACACUCAAGAGGGCCUCAUUCGCCAAGAGUGUCAUUGGAACUCCUGAAUUCAUGGCUCCAGAGAUGUACGAGGAAAAGUAUGAUGAGGCCGUGGACAUUUACGCCUUUGGUAUGUGCAUGCUGGAGAUGGCGACUUCAGAGUAUCCGUACUCUGAAUGUAAGAACGCAGGCCAGAUCUACCGCAAAGUCACCAAUGGAAUCAAACCUGAUAUUUUUUUUAAAGUACAAGUCCCAGAGCUGAAAGAGAUGAUCGAGGGCUGCAUCCUAACCAACAGCAGCGAGAGGUUUACAGUUCAGGAGCUGCUGGAGCACCGGUUCUUCCAGGAAAAGACGGGUAUCCAUGUGGAGUUGGCAGAGGAAGACGAUGGCACAAAGGCAGCGCUGAAGCUUUGGCUCAGGGUGGAAGACACAAAGAAGCUUCUAGGCAAAUACAAAGACAACAAUGCCAUUGAGUUCCUUUUUGAGCUGUACAAAGACGUCCCUGAAGAGGUCGCCCAGGAGAUGGUGAUUCUGGGAUUUGUGUGCAAGGCCGACUACAAGGUGAUUGCCAAGGCAAUCAGAAACCGAGUGACUGCCAUAAAACAGGAGCGGGACAAAAAGCACCGCCUGCUGGAGGAAGCCCUGAACAACCUUAAGGCAGCUGUCAACAAGAAGGUGACUGAGGCCACCCCCGAGCAAUCUGAACUGUCCAAUCAGAAGCCUGCAUCUGUUUUGCACGCAUCUGUUUCUGGAAGGGUUGCUAAUCAGAAUGAGGUUCCUGCUGACAUACAAGCCCCGCCCACAGCACCUACACCAGCGGGGAAGUUGUUGGUGAGCAGGAGCCCAGCAGAUUCUGGAAUCAGCGUCAUCUCCUGCAAAACAGAAGAAGAUGGAGACAGCUCCUCAGCUGCCUCUGACUGUGAGGCAGGAAUCUCCAUCACCUCCACAGGAUCUGCUGAGGCUCCUCCUCCUCUUUCAAACUCCUCCCCUGUCCCAGAGACUCCACCUCCUGUGAACCAUUCAGCUUCCAAAGCUCCACCGUUCCCCAUGUUGCGCUUCCCAAAGAGCAUUGCUGUUUGUCAAAGGGCAGAGAUACCUCCCACUGAUUCACCCUGUGGCUUCUCUUCACCUGUCGACAGCUACUCCUCUGACAUAACCUCAGGUAUGAGUGAUGGCAACGACGGCCAAUCAGAUCGGAGCAAGCAGGAAGCAGCUAAUAGAGAAGCCACGAAGCAGUUCAGGCGUAGAGCCAGAGCUCGGCUGAAGAUCAUAGGGGUGUCUGAUAAGGUGGACCGAGUAGUGGAGUGUCAGCUGCAGACUCACAACAACAAGAUGGUGACCUUUAAGUUUGACCUGGAUGGAGACAAUCCAGAAGACAUCUCGUCCGUGAUGCUCCUCAGAGACUUCAUCCUGCCAUCAGAGAGGGAGGGGUUUAUUCUACGCAUGAAUGAAAUCAUCAAGAGGGCGGAGUUAAUGAUGCAUCAGCAGCCUCCAGCAGACGCCAACAGGUUGCCCCACCUGACUGCCUCCAGGCUGCCUGAAUCACAGUUAAAGGAGGCAACAAAGGGUUUGUCCAGAACUCUGUCCUCAUCUUCUCUACCUGAUAUUGAUGACAGUGACCCGUUUCCUUUGAAAGCUGUGGAUUUCCUCAUCGACACCGAGGCCACACCCCUGGUCAGACCACUGAGGUCACAGUCUUUUCAGACCCCAUCAGCUUCAUCCUAUCAACCCACCCAGUACCAUCUUCAUUACCCCCACCUAGACUCCAACACUGCUCCCCAACCUCAUCUUCCACCUGCUGCUCAGUAUCAACUCCCAUCUCACCCCUAUUCCACUUACACUGCCUCCUUCCCAACCCUGUCCCCCAUCUCCCGACUCCCCCGGGUCCAAAGCAACCCUUCCCUCUUCACCCCUACCUCCUCUCCCACAGCACCUCCCGCCAACCAGUGGCCCACUCCAGACCAACCUCUCUUUUCCCUGGCUAAUGUCAUUUCUGUGGCCAUGAGUGUGGCUCAGUCCCUCAUGCCCCAAUCUGGGUCCCCCAACCAGGGUUUAUACCCUCACACCCCGCCUCCAUUCCCAAACCGUCAGACUGCCCUCUCUUCUUCUGGAUCUCCAUCUUUGGGCUCUAGUGUCCAUCGCCAAAACCAUUCCUUCGCCUCACAACUGACCCCACCAACACCUCAGAAAGGCUCAUCUACAGACAGACUGCAGGGAGCAUCAACCAGCAGGAUCCCAGAAACACCUCAGCGCAUCAGUUCGGUCCAUAAGGCUGCCUUAGCUCUUCCCCCUGGUUCAGAGAGAUUAUCUUCUCCCAGUUUGACCAGUACUCCUAAUCACACAGGAGACCUCUCUGACUCAUCAACCUCCUCUUCCUCCACUUCCUCUCCACAUGCAUCAACUCCUCGCAAAAUGGUGUCUCCUCCUGUUUCUCCAUCAGGCAGAAUGUCCCCCACUCUUAAAGUGAAGACAUCAGCGUUCACGGUUGGUCGCUUCCAAGUGUCUCCCUCUCAAGGUGGUCCCUCUGUCAAUCAUCAAGAACCGUCUCCCCAAGACCAGGUCACCCCCAUCACCCACUACCUGCCUCCAUCUAGUAAGAAUCAAUCUGAGGACAACACAGGAAGCAGUACAGAGACAAGCCAAUCAGAGAGCAGCAACCCCACAGUUACUGUCUCACCACCUGGUAACCAUGACAACCUGUCGGGUCAGGAGGAGGAGGAGAAAACAAAGAGUCGCAGGCUGAGUGUCAGUCUGUUGGAGGGGUCAGGCAGCAAUUUUAGUCGAUCGUGGAGCUGCUCUGCCACCUACAGCUCUGACGAAUCAGAAGGCGAGGAGAUGUGGGAUGAGCUAAUGGAGCUUCGUCAAAGACACCUGGGGCAGGUGCAGAACCUGCAGGUAAGUCAGAAGCAAGAGAUCGAGGAGCUCUAUCGACAAAAGGGUAAAAUCCCGCCCCCUGGCAUCGUCCCUCCAGCCGCCAUGUUGAAGCACCGCCAUCGCCGUCUCUCCAAAAUGGGGAACUAUCCCCUGCCUCGCAGAAACAGCCUGCAGAGAACAGACAUACCGCCCACCUCAGGCAUCAUGAGGAAGGGCUUGGUGAGAGGAAGCAGCAGCGGAUCUCAGGACAGAGCUCUGAAAGAAGUGACGUUCGCUCCAGGAUACAGCUGCAUGUGAGAGAGGAGCUGCUGAAACCUCAAGACCACCACAGUUGCAGAAACUGAUGAAGGAGCAAUAAGACCAAGCAAUGCCUCAUUUUAAUCUCAUCUCAGUCAACCUGAUAGUUUCAGAUCUGAUCCAUGAGCUGCAGGAGGACAUCCAGGGUCGAUAACCAGGCACCAUCACAGUAGAGGGUCUGAGGGUGUAGAUGAAAGGAAGGGAGCUUUCAGAGGACCUUCAGCAUCAUGAUGGUGUUAAAGUUAAUAAGUCACUGGGUGGAAUCCUGUUUCAGAUAUUAAUGAAACACAUCUGAAAGCUGCCUCUGUGGAUGUGAUGAAGACCUUCAGACACGUCAUGAAGGCAGACGAGGGUAACCUUUAAACCCAUUUUAUUUAUUUAUCUCUCAGGUAUUAUUGCUGAGCUGACUAUUAUGUUACUUUUCUGCUCAAACCUUUAUUUAACAGCUUUAAUUGAUUGAUUGUUUUAUUGCUGCUGGUUCAGGUUGAGUUUACAGCAGCAGCUCAGGUCUGCAUCAGUCUGUGUUGAUGACUGACUAUUUGCCUUUUCAGUCAGAAACUCAUGAAAAUAAAACCUGGAUGUUGUUUUUGCGUCAGUUUAUCUUUAAUAAAAUAAGAGUGAUGAUUCUGA